AUGUCUUCGACCUUCACCCUCUUCCGAGAGCUUCCUCCCGAGUUGCGUUGGCCGAUUUGGAAGCUGGCCAUCAGUCCGCAAAUGCGCGGCGCUCACUUCUUUUCCGUACAAGAAGAGAAAGAGCCUGCCAACGCCUCGGGAAGAAAGUUCUUUGCGGCACCAUCCACCUUCACGCCCGCCACACACCCGGGCUCUCGGUGGCUUCACGGGAACCCGUCCGCGUAUGCCGCGGACUACGGCCUCUGGAGCGCGUGUCGAGAGUCGCGAAGCGCCAUCAGCCAGUACUUCUCCAAACGCUACCCUCGACGGCUUCCGUACCCCGACCGAGCUUAUGACAAACCAGAGGCCAUUGGAAUCCGUAACGUGAGGGUUGACGGCGUCGACGCACCCUUUGCGACUUUCCCGGACAGAGACCUGGUCUGCUUCCGAGUCCCUCAAGAUCUCUACGUAGACGAAGCACAGGCCGUCCGAGACCUGGGAUAUAUAGGAAACCAGUCCACAUUUGCCUUCCGCGAGGCGAUCGUCUUCGAGUACGACGACUCGUGGGCCUUUGACCCGAAUACGCAGACGAUACCGGAGCUGAUGGAGAUGCCGGGCCCGCGCUCGCUGUUCCUGCGCCUCGUAGCGGCGAGGGCCACCAAGUCCUGGAGAGACCUCCCUGGCUUGUGGGGCUGCGACAGCCCAAAUAUCUACGUGAUCGAGCACGACGCGACUUUCCCGCCUCACGCAAAGCUGGAAACCUAUAGUCAUUUCUCCGCGAACGGGUUCAGGUUAGUGGAGAGGCGGGACCCGCCUGUUAUAGGCGCUCACAAGAGGGGCUUGACUGCUUGGGACUUCAUCGCCGUGGUGAGGGAGUGGAUAGGGAGCAUCGAUACGAGAAGAACCCACCGUCAACGGAACGUGUAUAGACGGAUUGUUGGUGAAGUUCUCGUGGCUCAGGUGAGGUGGUGA